AUGUGCCGCAUUAUCCGCCUAAUUUGGCUCACAAUAUGUGAUUUCCUGUGUGGGAAGCUUGCGUCAUUUUUGUCGUGGGACUUGCUAUUGGCUCGUCUUGUACUUAUGACCUUACCGCUAGCCAAUCUUCUGGAUUUGUUCAGACUGUCUGAUGCCCGCUCAGUGGUGGGGACAUUCAAUAAUGUCAGUGGACAUCAGAUCAACAUCAAUGUCCAUCCGACACCCGACGUUCCGACACCAAGAGUAGAUGGACUUGAUAGGAGGGAGUUCCAGCCCGAUUGUAAAGCCUACUAUACUUUCUACAUGGUAUACGUAGAAAAUCACUCAAUAAAAGCCGCAUGGUGCUCACAAAAACCCAACAAGCAGCUGUUCCAUGCACUCUGUGCAUCCAUCCCCUGCUCGGUCACAAUGGAUCAUGAUGGAUUAGAAGCACAAUUUGAGAGUACACCAGAGGGGGCAUUCAGUACGAACAAACAGCCGGAGGCAUCAUAA